AUGCUCUGGAGGACUGCUGGUGCGACAUCGAAGGCUCCUGUAUGUAGGCUGUUGGGCAAGUGGAAGUUUGCCAGGUACUAUGCUGUUGACACGCGGAAGCUAGAAUAUGCAGGGAGAAACGAGCAAAUUGAGAAAGAUUUAGAUUAUUACUAUCCUUCAAUGAGUGUUUUACGAGGUAAUCAUCAGGGCAAGGCUCAGUCGAUAACUGUGGAACAAUUUAAUGCACAAUUCCAGGAUCGAGAAGAGUUUGACCGGUACGGAAGCGUUCUGUACACUAUGAAUGGUAGAAUCAAAAAUAUAAGGUUUUCAGGUAAAAAGAUCUGUUUUAUAGAUCUACAGGCAAAUAAUGAUAACAGACUGCGGCCGUCUGCCGUACAAUUGAUAGUAAAUUUCAAUGCACUUGAUCCUAAAUUGACUGUGGAAGAUUACGUAGCUGGAACAACUUUCCUGAGGAAGAAUGACUAUAUUCAAGUUCAAGGCUUUGCCGGAGUUUCAAGUUCGUCCACUCAUCAGUUGUCUUUAAGAUGUACAAAAAUCCCUUCGAUCCUAUCUCCUGUGAAAUUACCGUUACCUUCCAAGUUGGUAUCAACUUCGAAGAUUCAUAAAAACAGGGUCAUUGACUACCAACUGAACGGUACACAAAUUUUGAUACUUAGAAGCCAGGUUAUAAAAUCAAUAAGGGAGUUCCUUUACAGUCAGGGUUUCUUAGAAGUAGAGACUCCAAUACUUUCUUCUAAAUCAAGUGGAGCCAAUGCAACACCUUUUGUAACAAAAACUAAGGAUAACGUGCCAUUAGAGUUGCGAGUCGCCCCGGAAUUAUGGUUGAAAAGACUAACUAUUAGUGGGUUAAAUAAGAUUUUCGAAAUAGCUAAAGUUUUCAGAAAUGAAGGGAUAGAUGCGGUUCAUAACUCUGAAUUUACGAUGCUAGAAUUUUAUCAGACAUAUGCUUCCAUGGAUGACCUCAUAACGAUGAGUGAAAAUUUGUUUAAAUCCGUUUUAUUAGAUUUACAGAAGUUGAUUAAGGAACAAGGCAACGAAAUCAAUGAUCAGAUUUCUUCCAAUAUUGAUACGCUUGUUUUCAAUUUGCAAGAAUCCAACUGGAAAUUCAAAAGAAUUGAAUUUUUACCAACACUCUCAAAUGAAUUACAUACAGACCUCAAUAAAAUCGAUUUAGACGAACCGAGUGAGAUCCUCAAAGCUAUUCCAGAGGAUGUGAAGCACCAUCUUUUCAGUCAGAAUGAGGCAUUAUCUCCGCAUAGAGUGCUGGAUAAGUUGUGUUCUCACUAUAUUGAGCAAAAAUAUUGUAAUACACCUCACCCAACGUUAAUCUACCAUCAUCCUUUACCUCUUUCACCACUAGCCAAAAGAAAUCCCUUGAAUCCACGAACAGUAAAGAGAUUUGAGCUAUUUAUUAACUCUAAAGAGUACGUAAAUGCUUACGAAGAAGAAAAUUGUCCACAUUUGCAAAUGGAGAACUUUGUUAAUCAACAGAACCAUAAAGAUUCCAGUACGAUCGAUUUCCAAUACGUGGAAUCGAUGAAGUAUGGUAUGCCACCAACUGGAGGACUGGGACUGGGUAUUGAUAGGCUCUGCAUGCUCUUACUGGGAAAACCUAGGAUAGAAGAUGUUCUACCAUUCGGAACAAUUGAUGAUGUUAAUACUCAAUGA